CCACUAACGAGAUCUACAACUACUGCUGUUGUCUAUACUACUACAAUGUUGUUGCGUACAUCACACAGAACACCAAGUGUUCUUCUCAGACACCUUGUCAAACGAUACAAUUCAUCACCGUCUUCAAUUGACUUGUCAAAAAGAGAUACCGUGACAAUUAUCCCUAGUGUCUAUGAACUAACCCAAGACAAAGCCCACACCCUGGAAACAGACACUUCUCUCGUAUCCUACUUACAGGCACGUCAUCUAGUUGAAUCAAUAACCAGUGAUGACUUAUACGAAAUCACAGAGCCUGAUGCUGAUGUCAAAUUCAAAUUGUACUGUGGUGCAGACCCAACGGCCGCCAGUUUGCAUUUGGGUAACCUUUUGCCAUUGAUGAUCCUUUUGCAUUUCCGAUUACGUGGAAAUGACGUAGUGGGACUUGUCGGUGGUGCCACCGGUAAGGUUGGUGACCCUAGUGGUCGUGAAACCGAAAGAACUCAAAUGGAACGUGCGGAACGAGAAACUAACAUUAUCAAGAUUCAAUCGCAAUUAUCUGGAUUCUUAAAUAAAGGGAUUGAAUAUGCUAAAUCGAGACAAUUCCCGCAACACGAAGGUGAAGUUCAAGUGGUUAACAAUGCCGAUUGGUGGAGUGAUAUUAAGAUGUUGGAUUUCUUGGCUGAUUACGGCAGGUUUAUCCGUAUAUCUUCCAUGCUUGCUCGUGAAUCCAUCCUGGCUCGUUUGCAGGGACAAGCAGGAAUUGGGUUCAAUGAAUUCACAUACCAAAUCUUGCAAGCUUAUGAUUUCUGGCAUUUGCACAAGCAUCAUGGAGUGAACAUGCAGGUUGGUGGUAAUGACCAAUGGGGGAACAUCACCGCGGGAAUUGACUUGAUUUCCCGUCUUCAAAGACAAACUAAUUCGGAACCUACUCCAGUUUAUGGAUUGACUGUGCCUUUAUUAACCACUCCACUGGGCCAAAAGUUUGGGAAAUCUGCUGGUAAUGCCAUUUUCAUUGAUGCGAAAUUAACCACACCUUAUCAGAUGUACCAGUACUUUAUAAACGUUCCUGAUGACAUGGUGGAGAAAUUACUCAAGAUAUUCACCCUUUUACCGUUGUCUGUCAUUGAAUCAGAAAUUAUCCCUCGUCAUGAACAAGAGCCUGGCAUUAGAUUAGCCCAGAGAAUCCUUGCUAGAGAAGUAGUUGAUUUAAUCCAUGGGGUAGGUGUGGGUGAUGAAAUGGCAUACAUCACUGGCUUCUUGUAUCCAACCCCAGACCAACCCUUCAAUGAUGUCGUGUCUGCUGACAAAUUGAUUGAAACGUUCAAGAAAUCGGGGAUUUUAAAGACAUUCAAGUUGUCCGAUUUUGAAAACAUUGACGACAUAAAGUUAAGUUCGGUUUUGGCUAAAGUUACGGGAAAUUCUCGUCGUGAAAUCAAGAACUUGAUCAAAUCAGGUGGGGUCUAUUUAGGUUUGGAAAGAGAUCAAUUUGAAGAUCCUGAUGAUGUGGUGUUGUUUGACAGAGAAAAUCAUUUGAUUGAAGGGAAGUUGUUGUUAGUGAGAUUGGGGAAACAAAAGUACUUUGUUGUGGAAUUUACUGAGUGAGAAUUUUGUAUGUAAAUAGAUAAUAAACAAUAUCACCGUAUU